AUGAGCCAGAAUGUGAUCGUUGAAACCAGACCAGAGCCUGAUCCUGGACUAGUUACACCAAUCAAUGAAGCCAGUUCCACAGCGACUGCAGAGAAAAACUUCAUCACCAUCACUGUUCAGUUCCUCAAUGGCCAAUCUCACAAGUUUUCAGUGGAUCCCAGGGCUACAGUGUAUGGACUGAAGUGGUCCAUCUUUAAGAGUAAAGGGUUUGAUGAGUACUCACAGUAUGAUGUUAAUAACAUUGUACUCACCUUUGGAAGGAAGGAGCUCAAUAAUGAUGAUCGUCUAUUGACAGACUGUGGAAUUAAAAAUGGCUCAACUGUACAAUUUGCAGUUAAACUAAGAGGGGCAGGUGGACCAACCAUAAUAGUGUUCGAUGAGGAUUUACUAGACCCUGAAUUUGAUCAUGACUUCACAAACGAAUGUGACACAGGAAGAGUUUACCACCGAGGUCAAAGUCAAGGGUUUUAUUACCCCUACAAGCGUCCUUAUGGUUGGAAAAGGUUAGCUCUCAAAGUAAAGGGCAAGUAUCCACCAGACGAUACCUGGCUGGGUACACUGGUAGCUGGGUCUGAGCGAACUGAAAGUUCAAAAGGUGAAUGGCCAGUCUCUUAUAAUGGAACAACAAAAGAAGGAACAAUGACUAUAGCAGCUAAAGGAUAUGGUGAGGAUAAAUUAGCCCGGGAGAACUUUGGAAGAGGGUUUUACUCAACACCGAGUGUUGAAAUUGCUGCUGAUUUCGCUCGACGAUUUGACCAUACUGAUGGUAAGAGGUACGAGGCUAUCAUUCAGAACAGAGUUAAUCUCAACCCUGGACACUCUGAGAUAAUUCCAGUGGAGAAGACACGACAUGGAGCAGAGUAUUAUCUGACAUAUUCUUCUGAUGACCUAAGACCAUACGGGAUAUGUAUCAGGGAAGUUAAAGCUAUUAGUACUUAA